CCUGCUCUGAGCUCCCUACCGGGCUCAGGCGUGCGAGGAGCAGGUGAGAAACAGGCAGGAGAAGGCAGUGUCCCGGACCAGCAUGGCAUCUCUGCUGGACAGCAUAACCAGAACUUCUGCCACCGUCCUGCAGCUGUCUGCGCUGCUUGGUGUAACCUUUGUGCUGCUGAAGGUGCUCCGGUUGUACUGGGAGAGGAAGAAGAUCGUCAAAGCUCUGGAGGCAUUUCCUGGGCCCCCAAAACACUGGCUCUAUGGCCACAAUCACCUGUUAAAAUCUGAAAAUUUUUUACACCAAGUAGUAUCAUGGGGAGAAGAAUAUCCCUAUGCCUUUCCCAGAUGGCUUGGACCAGUCCUGCCAACUAUAAUCAUUCACCAUCCUGAAUAUGCCAAAAUCAUACUUGGCCGAGCAGAUCCCAAGGCUAGUGCAGUCUACAAACUCCUAGUUCCCUGGAUUGGGAAGGGGCUGCUGAUCUUGGAAGGAAGCAAAUGGUUCCAGCACAGGAAGAUGCUCACCCCAGCCUUUCAUUAUGAUGUGCUGAAAUCUUACGUGACCCUGAUGUCAGACUCAGUCAAAGUGAUGUUGGAUAAAUGGGACAAGAGAAUCACAGAGAGGAGGUCAGUGGAGCUCUUUCAGGAUGUCAGCUUGAUGACACUAGACAGCAUCAUGAAAUGUGCCUUCAGUUUUAAUUCCAGCUGCCAGACUCUGAGGUCAGCACCUGACAACUCCCACUAUUAUAUUAGAGCUGUUUUUGACCUGAGCUACCUCCUGAGCAAUAGGAUCCGGAAUUUUUCCUUCAAGGAUGUCUUCUACAACUUCACUCCCAGUGGCCACGCAUUUCAGGAUGCCUGCAAGCUGGCCCGUACCCACACAGAUCAGGUAAUAAAGGAAAGAAAGAUGUUGCUCUCCAAUGAGAAGGAGCUUGAAAAGAUCCAGAAGAAGAAGCACCUGGAUUUUCUGGACAUUCUUCUUUGUAGCAAGGAUGAGAAUGGAGUUGGACUGUCUGAUGAGGACCUGCGUGCUGAGGUGGACACCUUCAUGUUUGAGGGUCAUGAUACUGUGGCCAGUGGGCUCUCCUGGCUCUUCUACUGCAUGUCACUGCACCCUGAGCACCAGCAGCGGUGCAGGGAGGAGAUCCAGGGCAUCCUGGGAGACCGAGACACCAUUGAGUGGGAGGAUCUUGGGAAGAUGACCUACACCACGAUGUGCAUCAAAGAGAGCUUACGCCUGUUCCCACCAGUUGCUGGUGUGUCCCGAGAGCUCUCCAAACCCGUGACAUUUCCUGAUGGACGCAGCUUGCCAGAAGGCUGCCAUGUUGCAUUGAGCAUAUUUGCUAUUCACAGGAACCGGGAAGUGUGGGAGGACCCUGAGGUUUAUAAUCCCCUGAGGUUUUCUCCAGAGAACUCAGCACAGAGGCACUCCCAUGCUUUCCUGCCUUUCUCUGCUGGAUCCAGGAACUGCAUCGGGCAGCAGUUUGCCAUGAAUGAGAUGAAGGUGGCCCUGGCCUUGACCCUGAAGCGCUUCGAGCUCUACCCAGACCCUUCCAAGCUUCCCAUAAUGAUACCACAGAUCAUCCUCAGGUCCAGCAACGGGAUACACCUGCAUUUGAAGAAAAUCUGA